UAUAGCAAUAAAGCAUACAUUUAUUUCACCCUAUUUAUAGAUUAAAGUGAUAGGUUGCCAUCAACGGACAGUGUGUUGAGGUCAUCCCUUUCCUGUAGUUAAAAAACGUGUGAAACAGUAUACAUUAAUACUAGAAUAUGGCGAUGCAGUUUGAUGGGAAGAGAGCUCUCGUUACUGGUGCUGGAAAAGGAUUUGGUCGAGCUAUUGCGAAAAAGUUAGCCGAAUGCGGAGCAGAAACAUUUGCACUUAGUAGAACACAGGCUGAUUUGGAUAGUUUAAAAUCGGAGGUACCAACCAUCAAAAUUAUUAACGUUGACCUACAAGACUGGGAUAAAACAAGAGAGGAAGUCAGUAAGAUCGGACACAUAGAUCUACUGGUAAACAAUGCUGGUGUAUCUAAGAAGUCAUCAUUCAUCGAUACUCCAAAAGAAAAUAUUGACAUGAUAUUUGACGUCAACUUUAAAGGAACUUUCAACGUGUCUCAGGUUAUUGCUAAGAAAAUGAUAAACAAUGAAAAAGGUGGAAGUAUAGUCAACUUGUCCAGUAUCAUGUCGGAAAAAGCAGUGACUGACGGAUGUGUCUAUUCUACGACAAAAUCAGCUGUUGAUAUGUUGACUAAAUGUAUGGCAUUAGAACUCGGACCUCAUAAUAUCAGAGUGAAUUCAGUAAACCCUACUGUGGUGUGGACAGAUAUGACACUGCAAUACAAGGACGAGUUAAUGCCACUGCUUGCAAUGACUCCAAUGGGACGAUUUCCAGAAAUAGUAGACGUAGUUAAUUCGGUAGUGUUUUUACUGAGUGACCAGAGUGGAAUGAUUUCUGGUGAAUGUCUCCGACUUGAUGGAGGAUUGGGUGUACAUUGA